CAAUCGCACUGCUGACUAAAAAGCAUCGGGAGAAUCUCUAAAAUUGAAUAAUGCGCCCGUUCGGCAACGAUAUUACAAACAUCUCCAAUAACAAUGGAGCCGGCAAUGGUGACGAUCGAUCAAAUGGCAAUGGCAAUGGCAAUAACAAUGGCAACGUUAAUGGUAAUGGGAACAGCCCCAUCAACAGAGACAACGUCGAGUCAGACCCCAAUCCUUCGGCCACAAAUGAGCUGGGCCUGGACACAGAGACAGAUCCACGCAUACCCCCACACAUAGCCAGAAUCGGUGGCAUUGUCACAUUCUCGCCAAUCGCCGGACGCGGAGUGAUACGAGUGGUGCGACGCUGCGAGGACGCCAAGGAAAAUCACAAGCUAGAUCUAUCAGAAUGUGAACUCAUGCAAAUACCAGAUGCAGUGUAUCACUUGAUGCGGAAUACAGAGCUACAAACUUGUAACCUUAGUGGCAAUGUGCUGAAGAAGGUGACGCCAAAGUUUGCGCUGAAGUUUAGCGCAAUUACAGAUCUCAAUCUCUCAUAUAAUCAGUUGUCAAAGCUGCCAGACGAAUUUGCCACUCUGAGUGCUUUAACCAACUUAAAUAUCUCGCAUAAUUCGUUUAUUGUAUUACCUCAAGUCGUCUUUAAGCUUCAGAAGCUAGCCAGUUUGGAUGCUCAACAUAAUGCCAUUUUGGAGAUCGACACGGACGAAGCAAUCAGCAGUGAUUGCCUGACAGUGGUAGAUCUACGCAAUAAUCCACUGAGCAGGAACUGUCGUCGCAAAUUGGAAGAUUUUGUCACCAGCUUUCGCCUAGAGAUAUCACAGGAAGCUGAGGACGAUUGGUGAUCGGCUGGGAAGAAUUGAAAUAAGUGCAUCGUUAUCUAUAGAAAAACCCAUUUACUGUAAUGUUUUUAAUCAUUUUAUUAAAUUCGUUUAUUUAAAGAAAUUCGCCGA